GCAAAUACUCAAAUGGGCCGAGUCCAAUUAUACAAUUUCAAAACAAUUCAUCGUUAAUUUCGGCAGGGUUACUUCCUCAGUCCAACCUUGUAACAGAAUUGAAUAAAAUUGAGGAACACACCAAUAUUUAAUGCGUAUAAACCUCAAAUACUGAUUUCCACUUCACAACAAUCAUACCAUCAAUUCUUCUGCUUCUAGUCAGAGUGAGUUCAUAAAAAUUUUGUACUGACAAAUCAUGUAUGGUUCAUUGCUUUCGAGAAAUUUGAGAAACAAAGCUUCAACCAGCUGGUUCAGUUCGUCUAAUCUUUCGAGAUAUGUUCAUUCACUCCCCUUUGCGACUGUGAAAGCCGAGGAAUUAUCAGCUUCUCAGCCGGCUGAAGUGCUGAAUUUAGUGCAGGGGAAGUGGACAAGAUCGUCGUCUUGGAAUACCAUCCCGGAUCCUCUGAAUGGCGAAUCGUUCAUCAAAGUUUCUGAAGUAAACCAGAAAGAAAUACAGCCUUUUGUCGAGAGCUUGGCGCAGUGCCCCAAACAUGGUUUACACAAUCCAUUCAAAGCACCAGAAAGGUACCUCAUGCUGGGAGACGUAACGACAAAAGCUGCUCACAAGCUGGCCCUACCUGAGGUUUCCGACUUCUUUGCCAAGCUGAUACAAAGGGUGUCCCCAAAGAGCUACCAACAAGCUUUUAUGGAAGUUUUUGUUACACAGAAGUUUCUGGAGAACUUUUGUGGUGACCAGGUUCGGUUCCUGGCUAGGUCAUUUGGAGUACCCGGGAAUCAUCUAGGUCAGCAGAGUCACGGUUUUAGGUGGCCGUAUGGCCCGGUUGCAAUCAUCACUCCUUUCAAUUUCCCUUUGGAGAUUCCACUCCUUCAGUUGAUGGGGGCGCUUUAUAUGGGGAACAAGCCACUUCUUAAAGUCGAUAGCAAGGUCGCCAUUGUCAUGGAGCAAAUGCUACGUUUGCUCCAUGAUUGUGGGUUGCCUGUGGAGGACGUUGACUUCAUAAACUCGGAUGGAGUUACUAUGAACAGAGUUCUCACGGAGGGAAAACCACGUAUGACUCUCUUCACUGGUAGCUCGAGAGUAGCAGAGAAAUUAGCCGUUGAUCUCAGUGGUCGUAUUAGGGUUGAAGAUGCUGGGUUCGACUGGAAGAUUCUAGGACCUGACGUGCAAGAGGAGGACUACGUUGCUUGGGUGUGUGAUCAAGACGCAUACGCAUGUAGUGGGCAGAAGUGCUCAGCACAAUCGAUUCUAUUCAUGCAUGAAAAUUGGGGUAAAAGUUCGUUGUUGGAAAAGUUGAGCGGUCUUGCUGCUCGAAGGAAGUUGGAGGAUCUUACCAUUGGCCCCGUUCUUACUGUCACAACUGAAGCGAUGCUCGAUCACUUGAACAAACUACUCAAGAUAAAUGGAUCAAGGCUUCUGUUUGGUGGCGAGGCUCUACAAAACCACUCUAUCCCGACAGUAUAUGGUGCCGUUAAACCUACUGCUGUCUUUGUUCCACUCGAAGAAAUAUUGAAGGAGGAGAACUAUGAUCUUGUGACAAAAGAAAUCUUCGGCCCCUUCCAGGUUGUGACGGAGUACAAACAGAAUCAGCUUUUGUUGGUACUCGAUGCACUUGAAAGGAUGCACGCACAUUUAACGGCUGCAGUUGUGUCGAAUGAUCUUUUGUUCGUACAAAAAAUCAUUGGGAAUUCGGUCAAUGGAACUACAUAUGUGGGACUGAGAGCAAGAACAACUGGAGCUCCACAAAAUCAUUGGUUCGGCCCCGCUGGUGAUCCACGAGGUGCCGGAAUCGGAACUCCAGAAGCCAUAAGACUCGUGUGGUCGUGCCACCGAGAGGUCAUUUACGAUAAUGGUCCCGUUCCUCGAAACUGGAGCACCCCGCAACCGACGUGAAAUUCGAGUUAGCCUUGCUACCAUCUUUGUAAGAACUAUCUGUUUCUUGUUAUUUUCUAGAAUGGGAUUCGACAAUGUUGGUUUCAUGAAUUCAGGUUUAAUCACAAAAACAAUUUUUUUAUUACUGAAA